GCCUGGUGCUGUGGAAUUAGAUUAUUGCAUUUAGGUGUGAAGUGUGAAAUUUAACACUUUAUUCUCUCAUUACCUAUAAGCCAUAUUUCAUAUAAGCACAAGUCUACUUGUUUGUUAACAAAGUUGCAAUGGGUCGUCGUGGUGGUGGAUUUGCUCCUCGUCCUCCCCCAAGGAGAGCACCUGCUCCAGCACCUCCACCAGCUCGUCCCCCUCCACCUGCAGCAGCUCCUCCUCCACCAGCAGCUGCUGCACCUGCUCAGGGACCUGGUCUUAUGGCACAAAUGGCAGCCACUGCUGGUGGAGUAGCCGUUGGCUCGGCUGUGGGACAUGUUAUUGGUCAUGCAUUGACCAGUGGAGGUGGCAGCUCUGAUUCACAGCAGGCUGCGCCUCAGCAGCAGCCACAGCAGUCAGGAUACCCACAACACUACCCUCAGCAAUACCAACAGGCACCGCAGCAGAGCGAAUUCGACGGCCCCUGCGCGUGGGAGGUGAAGCAAUUCCUGCAAUGUGCACAGUCACAGUCUGACGUGAGCCUCUGCGAGGGAUUCAAUGAAGCACUGCGACAGUGCAAGGCUAGAUUUGCUGGUGCUGCUGCGCAGUAAAGUAAGGUCGUCAACGUUGGCCAGUCAUGCCGCAGUACAGCGCCCUUUGUGAUGAAGAUUUCUCCUUAUCUGAAUUGUUGAGACAUUGCAUGUCAGAAUUAGACUGAUACUUCGAAACUGAAGUUUCAUAUAAUUUGUAUUUUUACUUUCAUUGGGCAUAAAGAUUGUCACACACUAGUUAACAAUUGUUUUUCUCAGUACAUCCUAUCUCGUACAGUCGAAGAAAUAUUAAGGUCUUUGAAAAAGUUGCUGAAUUGUCCAGAUCAUGCGUGUAAUAUAUCCAUUGAAUCCCUUGUGUUGAAAGUUGUUGGUUGUAAGUAUGUCAUUAAUAAAUACGAAAUCUAAUUA